CAACGCUUAACAGAAGGAAUUCCAAGAAGUAUUUUAGAUAGAGCUACUGCGGCUAAAUUACGUUUGGAGCAUUAUUAUAAAACAGCAUUAGAACAGGCUCAUGAAAGAAACCAAAGACGAACAGAAACAGAAAGCAGAUUAGCAACCGAACAUUGCAGCGAAGAAAAGAAAAAAAGACAACUCCAGUCUCUAGGGCGUAAAGAAUCACAAUACCUCCGUCUAAGAAGAACACGUUUAGGUUUGGAUGAUUUUGUUACUGUCAAAGUUAUUGGUAAAGGUGCAUUUGGUGAAGUACGUUUAGUACAAGCAGGCGAUACAGGGAAAAUCUAUGCUAUGAAGACUUUAAAGAAAUCAGAAAUG